UUUUUACGUGGAGGGGGGGGUGGGUUUGGAGAUAAGAGGCUGGGCCGACGAGCCGGGGCAGACGCAGGCAUGGCUCGCCUCAACUGGUGCCUCGCUGCCGUCGUCAGCUGGGGCAAAGUUCCUCUUCGCCUGCUUCUUUCCUCUGCGGGGGGCAAAGCGAAACAAUCCCGACGAGCUGGAGGGCGUCCACACGCACACCUUCAAGCUGAAGCCCUUCAAGAAGGCCAAGAGCUGUGACAUAUGCAAGCAGGCCAUCACCAAGGAGGGCCUCAUAUGCAAAGCGUGCCGGUUGUCCCUGCAUAGAAAAUGCGAAGUGAAGGUCACCACAUCAUGUCAGCUAACGACCAACACUGAUCCGCCUCCCACUCCUCAGCUGCCAUUAAAGCAUGUAGAUACACCGGGAUCUACAAGGUCCUGCAAGAGUGUGGAAAUAAGGCCAAAGCAGCCGGGGAAUCAGAGUGUGGCCAUGGAGGAGAGCCAUGAGGUGGACCUGGUCUACAUCACAGAGAGGAUCAUCUCUGUGUGUUUCCCCGCCGGCGCCGAGGAACGCAGCUACACCACCAGCCUCAAGGAGGUGGCAACGAUGCUGCGGUCCAAACAUGGCGAGCACUAUCUGAUCCUCAACCUGAGCGAGUGGAGGAGUGACUUAUCAACUUUAAACCCCAAGGUGGUGGAGUUCGGCUGGCCAGACAACCAUGCGCCGGCGCUCGACAAGAUCUGCAGCAUGUGCAAGGCCAUCGACACGUGGCUCAAUGGGGACCCACGGAACGUGGUGGUGCUGCACAACAAGGGGAACCGAGGUCGGACGGGAGUGGCGGUGGCCGCUUACAUGCACUACAGCAACAUAUCCGCAAGCGCUGACCAGGCGUUGGACAGGUUCUCCAUGCGGCGCUUCUACGAGGACAAGGCACUUCCUGCGGCCCAGCCGUCGCAGAUAAGGUACGUGAGGUACUUCAACGGCCUUCUUUCCGGACACAUCAAAAUCAACAACAAGCCUCUGUUCCUGCACCACGUCAUCAUGCACGGCAUACCCAACUUUGAGUCCAAAGGAGGCUGCCGUCCGUUCCUGAAGAUCUACCAGGCGAUGCAACCAGUCUACACGUCAGGAAUAUACAAUGUGCAAGGAGACAGCAACACGAGUAUCUGCAUCACCAUUGAGCCCGGCCUGCUUCUGAAGGGAGACAUCCUGUUGAAGUGUUACCACAAGAGGUACAGGAACUCCACCAGGGAUGUUAUGUUCAGGGUGCAGUUCCACACCUGCGCCAUCCACGACCUCGGGGUGGUGUUUGGAAAGAGCGAGCUGGACGAUACCUUCAAAGGUAACGGCUCUACGGACGAAAGGUUCCCGGAGUACGGGAAGGUGGAGUUUGUUUUCUCAUAUGCACCAGAAAAAAUCAAAGGCCUGGGCCACCUGGAGAACGGGCCGAGCGUCUCCGUGGACUACAACACCCAGGACCCUCUGAUCCGCUGGGACUCGUACGAGAGCUUCAGCCAGCGCUGUGAGGACACCGCGGACGAUGUUGUUCACACCCAGGGUCCCCUUGAUGGAAGCCUUUAUGCCCGGGUCCGCAAGAAAGACUCCCUGGAGGGAGUUGUCACCGUCAACGGCCUCCCAGUCCAUGAAAACUCCUUGACCAACGCCGAAAACCCGCCACAGCAGCCGAGUCACCCCCUCCAAACCGCUGACCGAACCCUCCCUGUGACAGGCCACGCCUCCCUCCCCGCCGUCGACCACACCCUCUCCGUGAGCAGCGACUCGGGCAACUCCACUGCGUCCGUCAAGACCGAUCGCACUGACGAGCACAGCCAGUCCGCGCACGGCGGCGUGAACCACAGCAACCCGACAGCGGCCCACCCGGCGCUCAGCCCGCAGGACAAAAGAGAGCUCCAACAGCUUCUCAGUGGCCUCGAAGCGCCAACCCACCAACGGCAAGCAUACCUGUCCACCAGUCCGGGAGGAGGUGUCCGACACCUGGUCCCGGCACAGGUGCACGUCAACGGGGGCCACACCAGGCUGGUCGCCGCCCCUUCGUCAGAGGAGCGCGAGACCGAAAUUCUAGACGACGAGCUGCCGAAUAGCCAAGAGGGCAACAGCGUGGACAGCUUGGGCACGCUCUCAUCCCUUGAGGGCCAGGCGACCCCUGCUGACCUCUACUACCAACCGCAGACGGCCGCCGGCAGGCAGAACGACGGACCCUACCUUGAGAGAGGCGUUACUGGGGAAAAGUUGAGCAAGAUGCCCGUCCACGGAGUACAAGCGCCCACGGCGAUGCAAGACAGGUCUGUGGACUCCGCAUCGCCACAGGGGGGAUACAACAACUACCAGAACGGAGGGGGGAUUUACCAUCCACAGUCGUAUGGGAAUCCGCCAGCGGGCAGCCCCGAGGCCAACCCUAAACUGAUGCCCAGGGCCCCAGAGAGGAGCACCAGUAGCCGCGAGGCUGUUCAAAGAGGUCUCAACACCUGGCACCAAUAUAGCCUCCCAGAUGAUCCCUUUGGCCCUCCCCUUCAGUCAACCCACAGCCUGCCCCACUUCCCCACCUCCGCCUCGCAGCGGGACAUUGAGCAGUCCAUCGAGGCGCUCAACAUGCUCAUGCUCGACCUAGACCCAAUCAACUCCCACAUGUCCAAGUCGCACAGUGCGCCCCCCGGCGAGGACAGCCUCGGUUUGUCCCAGGCGCCCUUCUCGCAGACCCUUGCAAGACCUUCCUACCAAGCAGACUCUGCCAUCCACGGCCACAGCAACACCGGCUCUUUCCAUCAGGCGCCGUGGUCGGCUGGGAGACCGGUGCACGACCAGAGCCCCCUCACGGAGUCCCCGGUCUAUUCUCCCCAGAGGUCCAACGCCGGCUACCAACACCAAAACAUCACCCCAACGCAAACCCCAGAGCCCUUCCAGCACACGCGACAAGCAGCCCCCCAUCACCCGACAGAGCCCUCCCCUUAUUUCAACCAGCAGGUACCAGCGAAGCCUGGGAACUCUUACCCGGGAGGCCGGGUUUCCACCUCCCCGGAGCCGCAGGGCUCAUCUCCGUAUCCAGGCUACAGUGCCUCUUCCUCUCCUAUCCAGGCACUCACCCCACAGCCAAAAGACAUGUCUUCUUCAUCCCUGCCCAGAGAACAGGAGGCAGAGGAGGAGACGCUUAACUUGGAGGGCCUGGUGGCUCACCGCAUCGCCGAGUACAACGCUCGUAUUCGGGGCAUCAGUGAAAGCAUGACAUCGCAACAAUCUGACCGCCAUCGCUCCUUUUCCUUCUCUGGGGUUCGGUCCAGAGGAAUGACCCCAGAAGUGACGCAGGAGACGGGUCGACGUCGGACCACCAGCGAGGGACAGUACCAGAGCAGCCACGAUAACACGGCGAUGGCGGAUUCGUCGGACUUCGCCCACAAUCUGUCCCUCAACCCGGGAGGACGACCCAGAGAGGGUCUCAUGCACAGCUACCGGGAGGCGUUUGAGGACGACGAGGCGGACGGGUUUGACAACAUUCCCGCCUUUGGAGGCGGCGGUGAGAAUUCGAAUUCCCCCCCGACCCCCAGCUUCCCAGUGUCGCCACAGACCCCUUACUUCAACAUGUCUCGCUCGCCUCCAGGUUUGACAAAGACUCCUCUGUCAGCUAUGGGCCUGAAGCCUCAUCACCUUGGGGGAUCAGAGUCUGAUUCUAACGAUGGAGAGCAAGAUAAUCGCAGUUUUGGGGAUUUCAGAGCGCAACCAUUCAACGCUCCUCUCUCUUCUAGCAGUCCUGUCCACGGUGCUGAUGGGAGGAGGAUUCGUUCGUCGCCGCACAGUCCCGUCCCCUCCUACCCUUACAGACCCGCCUCCCCCGAGGGCUCCCAGGUCAACGUCAUGGGCGUCCACACCGUCCCCGGGAGCCCCAACACCCUCCACCGAACAGUGGCCACCAACACGCCGCCGAGCCCCGCCCUGCAGAGACGCCUGGGCCAGGCCAGCCCCUCGCUGGCCAGAAUGCCUCCUGCGGCCGGCGUCCCUUCCAGCCCCCUGAUUGGCCGAAACGCAAAAACGGCGGCGGCGGCAGGCGUGCCCCCCAGCCCCCUGAUGGGCCGUCGGACGGCGGCGAGCGGCCACAGCACACCGGACGAGCUGGGAGCCGCUUCCCGUCAGGGGAGCGCCCAACCUCCCUCCACGCCCGCCUUCCCCGUCUCCCCACAGCUGCCGGAGAAGAGGCACAUGUCCAGCGGAGACGCCGAGAGGACGGACGCCAAGAACCCGGCGCCGGCCAGCGGGGUCAGCGCGCCGAACCUGUCCGGCACGCAGACACUCCCCGACGCCUCAAAGUCCAUAUACGAUGGUUGUCCAGACAUCAAGAUGAACGUCAAGUUCGUCCAGGACACCUCCAAGUUCUGGUACAAGCCGGACAUCACCAGAGAGCAGGCAAUCAACGUGUUGAAAGACAGGGAGCCCGGUGCGUUCGUCAUAAGGGACAGCCAUUCCUUCAGAGGGGCCUACGGGUUGGCCAUGAAGGUGGCCUGCCCGCCACCAACCCUCCAACACAACAAAAAAGUUGGUGACAUGACUAACGAGCUGGUGAGGCACUUCCUGAUUGAGACGAGCCCCAAAGGCGUCCGCCUGAAGGGUUGUCCCAACGAACCCUACUUCGGUUGUCUUUCCGCUCUGGUGUACCAGCACUCCAUGACUCCGCUGGCUCUGCCCUGCAAGCUGAUGAUCCCCGCCAAAGACCCGAACGAGGAGGCGUUGGAGCUCGCCACGCCUACCGAUCCGGUUGUUGAACUUCUGAAGCAGGGCGCAGUUCAGAAGGUUCCCGAGGACGCCCACGCGUGCAACGUUCUCUACGUCAACUCCGUGGACAUGGAGUCCCUCACGGGGCCUCAGGCCAUCGCCAAGGCGAUCAGUCAGACGCUGGCCACCAACCCUCUGCCCGCCGCGACCGCCGUGCACUUUAAAGUGUCCACGCAGGGCAUCACGCUCACCGACAGUCAGAGGAAACUCUUCUUCCGGAGACACUACCCCAUCAACACGGUGACCUACUGCGACACUGAUCCCCAGGACAGAAAGUGGGGCAAAGAAGGAGGUGGCUCAGUGAGGCUGUUUGGAUUCGUGGCGCGGAAGCAAGGAAGCACAACGGACAACGUCAGCCACCUGUUUGCCGAGCUGGACCCCGAUCAGCCCGCCUCCGCCAUCGUCAGCUUCGCCUCCAAAAUGAUGAGGCGGUGAAACCCACGCCGUCCGAAUGGCGGCGGCCAUUUUCAAAUCUUCCCUCUUCAGUGGUGGAUUUUAUUCCGCCCAGGAAAUGAAGUUCUUUUUUUUCUUCUGUUUUCUCAGUUUCUCCUUGGUUUGUUUCCGUUUCCCUUCUCACCCUUUUCUCUCUCUGCCUUGCUGGUUUGUCCCGACUUUGGACAUUUAUGGACGAGUGUCUGCUUGGUGUGGACUGUGAACGUGACAAACAUGGACAAACGUUGAAGGGAGGAACGUGUAGGAGGUGAAAGUCUAGUUAAAGACUGAAGGAACAAUGCCAAGUUGAGUCGAGGAACACAAAAAUGACCUGUGUGUUUCAGGGUUUUCCGUUUUAUUGAUUGAUUUACCAAAGGUAGUUGCAAUACAAGUGCAAGAAAGAUGUAGCUAUUAAGCCAUUAUUAUUUCCUCUUUUCAAAAGAUGAAGUCUCAAACAAAAAGAGAAAAAAGAAAAGAAAUACAGUUUCUUCUUGAAUUUGUCUUCAGGAAAAAAGUUGGCCUUGAUGGCUUUUAGCAAAACAGUGUCUGAAGACCUUAUGCAUGUUAGCUUGAUCUUUAAGCUUGGUUCUUCCACCUUCCACGAAAAUCAUUGUGAAAUCCUUGAAGUGGUCAUUUUUCGGGUCUGUUGUGUGUUGGAAAGGGCUCAGCAGUGAAACAAAGACUGAUUUUAACUGCGCAUAGAAAACCAGACUUUCAAAAAAAAAAAAAAAAACAGAAGAAAAGCCACGCUAAGGUCACGGUCACCGCGUGUCGAUGCACACUCGCAUCGCUUUGGACGCCCCCCCCCCACUCCGAGCCUGACCCCCCCCCCCCCCCCCCCUCUCUCUCUCUCUCUCUCGUUCUAAAAAACUCGCUUGUUGGAAUCCUGCAAUCACUUUACUCCUGAUAGCAUGGCAGUCGGAGAGAGGAGGACGGUUCGUCCACAUGGUGGCGUCGCUCCUCCAGGUUCGGGCCCCUCUUCCUCCCCCCCCCCCCCCCUCCCCUUCGAAGCAUCACGUUGACUUGCCCGUCACCAACCGCUCGCAGUAGUGCACCCGUUGAUAGACGCUGCCAUGGAAACACACUGGAAAUCACCAGGGAUGCGGCCCAACGACCUGGACCUAUGCACUGUUCUUUAUGCAUGUUGUUGUCCCAAGUUGCACCCUCCAUCAAAAGCUACCUUCAACAUCACUGAAAACAUUCUAUGCUGUGUGCUAAAAAUGACUUUAAAACCUUCAGGCGAGUCCACUGAGGUUGUAUGACUUGUCAAAGGCUGCAUGAAAUAGACAACAUUUUUGUACUCUUCUCAGAGUCCUGAGGAUAAUUAGACAACCCGUUGUUGAAGUAGUCACAUGACGGCGAGAUUGGCGACAUUUUUUUCUUUCCUCUUUGUUUGGUCCAUUUGAGCCAGGGUUACCUUUCACUGUAUCGAGGACUGUUCGGCCCUUGUUUUUCCUUCCGUCAAAAUUCACAUUUAGAUACCUUUUAGGGCAAAGAAGUUGAAAAAAGUUUCCACACUGUGCGCAAUAUGCCUGCUUGUUGAACACACGCUCAACCAUUCACAGUAAGCUAAGGAAAAUUGAUAUAAAUGUACAUAGAUAUACUACUUUGAAAGGUGACAUAGCGAAAAAGUAUUUAUUUUUGUUGCUUUGGUCCCUCAUGAUUACUCAUAUAUACAUAUAUUGUACAGUAAAGAAGAUUACCUAAUGGGUUGAGAAAAAAAAGAUAUACUUAUUUUGGCUAAAGAUUUCAAAGUCUGACGAUUUUGAAACGUGUUUGAAUAUAUGGUGUACAUUACUUUGUACAUGUACAUGUUUGUUUUUCGGCUCGUCAUGUUUUGUUUUUCUCCGUGUUUGCGUUCUCUCAGAGCGAGGAAGGGCAUGAAUGAGAUAGAAGCGUCUGAUUUGCAUGGACAGAAGCAUUUGAGUGCGUUUCCGCCCGCAGGGACGCACUCUUAGAAGCAAAUGCGUCGUAGCUGAUAGAUUAUGUGGAUUUUAGAAAAAGGGAAGCACGAAAAAACGCUCAGAAGCCAACCUCAAAUGCAAUAUGAAAAACAGCCGUAUGCACCCAUGACAGUUCCAUUUAUGAUUUUGCCAAAGAUUCAAACACUUUAUGCUGCAUUUCUUAUUUUUUACGUUCAAUCUCCUCCAUCUUUGCGUUCCACGCUCUGCACUUCUCGGUCAGCUUCAGCAGCACAUUUAAGAACCGGCAGCGAGGGGCCCUUGUGCGUUUUUUACUGACGUCUCAAUGCAAAAGUGCGUCGGCGGUUGAGGAGAGAAACCGGUUUGCCCCCCCCCCCCUCCCUCCGUUGGAGGCGUGCAAAACAAAGCGUUGACAUUCACAAUAGCAGAAAGAAGAAAGUCAGACUGUCAAAGGUAUAAAAAAAAGUCACUGAUUUAUUUAUUCUUAUUUAUUCUCAUUUUUUAAAUCUCGUUUAAUUGUUGCAAAUGGAGGAACAUAUGGUGGCGCUUCAUUGAAUGCAGAGAGGUACAAUGCACCGAAAUCGACUACUAACGAGUAGCUUUGUGCCAAUUUUUGUCAUUUUGAGAAGAGAAAGUUCUCUAAAUAAAAAAUAAAUAAAAUUUAAAAUGGCAUUUUACCUUUCGGCUUUGGGUCAAAAGUUACCUUGUUUCAGUGAAAAAGAAGAGAUUUGUGACCCCUAUGUACCGAUGGGACGUGUAUGAAUGUGAUACGAUGAAUGUACAAAAGGGUCUCGGAUUUUGUUUGCUCUUUUCAUUUUCAUUAUAUUGUCAUGGCUAACCUGUUCCUAAGGAGAAAAGAAAAAAAAAAAAAACAUUAAAGCAAUACAGUUACGUUCAAGCCA